GAUACAUUUUAACUAUAAUCUUCGCUUUUCCUUAAUAUACACAUAAUAUUUUCCUCAUUCGUGAAGUUAAACUAGGUUUAAAAAGAUGUAUAAAUACUUGCUUCUUUUAUUUGCAGUUUGCAUAGUGGCAGCUGCCGUGGCUAAGACUGACGAAGAUGACAAAGAAUACCCAUUUAAUGGGUAUACACUACCUAAGACUGAAAAAGAAAUUCAAGCAUCCUUAUUUGAUUGGUAUAAAGAAAUCUUUACAAAAUAUGACGAAAGUCCGGAACAGAAGUUACAGAGGAUCGCGUCAUUCAGAGCGAAUUUUCAACAGCGUAUCGAAUGUAUGAUGGAAAGCCAUCAGGAUGUAGAAGCCAUGAAUUCUUGCAGUAAUAAGUAUAAAUUGCCAGAUGGUAUGACAGAAGAUGACGCUAUAAACAUUUUUUUUGUUAAGAGAACAAAAAGUUAGCACAGAUAGUUUAAAUCGAUUUACUAUGAAAUCUAUGUAUAUCUUAUUUUUAAUUUGAUCGUGUAUAUUUUAAGAAUAUUAUUUAGAAUAACAUUUUCUGUUUCAACACAAGAAAAAUCAAAUCAUUACACUUUAAUAUAUCUAAAUAAAAAAAAAAAACUUAUUACUUGACUAUUAGUUUAUUACACGUCUUUAGUACU